AUGCUGGUUCCGGUGUUUGUUCUCAUGCUGCUAGCAGGGGAAAUGGAUGCAUUCACCUGUGGCUGCUGGCGCGCCCUCACAAACUUCUCCCCAAACUCCAACCACAACUCUUCAUCCAACGGCUCUCAGCUCUCCUCAUCCAACGGCUCCCCUAUAAGCAACCACGGCUGUUGCUUCCAGGAAACCGACCUGGACCAGAACCGGAUCCCCCUCCCUCCCCUCCGUGAGAUCUCUCUCAACAACGCAUCUGGACUGUUGAAAGCACCACCUGGAUCGCCAUCAACGGCGUGUGGUUCACCUGCUGGAUUGCACCAAAAGGGGGUGCUGAAAUCCCUGCACGGCGCUCCUGCUGGGAGCCUGGCUGUUCGACUGGCAGAGCUGAUGGCGGGGAUUGGGUCGCCUGAGGAGAUGGCUCGCCUGUGGCUCGAAGUCAUGCAAGAGGUAUGUGUGCAUGAGGUGUCUGGUUCACCUGCUGGGUCGUACGGAAAGGUGGUGCUGAAAUUCCUGCACGGCGGCCCUGCUGGGAGCCUGGCUGUGCGUGAUCAGUGGGAGGAGGGAAUCGCCAUCCCGCAUGUGUUUGCAGACAUGGAGGGGGCGGACGUGGGCGUGUGUGGCGUGCUGCAGCAAUGGCAGGUUCACGAUCGGUGGGAACAGGGCAUCGCGAUCCCACACGUGUAUGCAGACAGGGAGGGGCCCGACGUGGGGGUGUGUGGCGUGCUGCAGCAGUGGCAGGUUCGCUAUCGGUGGGAGGAGGGGAUCGCCAUCCCGCACGUGUUUGCAGACAAAGAGGGGCCGGACGUGGGCGUGUGUGGUGUGCUGCAGCAGUGGCAGGUGCUCAACUGCGCCGUGGCCCAGAAGCGGCCUAGGCAUUCAGGAGCACCUGCCUCACGUGAAUUGCUCUUUCUCAUGCCUCUACAAAAUUAUUCCCUGUUCGCGCUGCAGGUUCGCGAUCGGUGGGAGGAAGGAAUCGUGAUCCCACACGUGUAUGCAGACAGGGAGGGGCCGGACGUGGGGGUGUGUGGCGUGCUGCAGCAGUGGCAGGUGCUCGACUGUGCCGUGGCCCGGAAGCGGUGGCGCAGGGCACGAGUGCGGGAUCGGUGGGAGGAGGGGAUCGCCAUCCCACACGUGUUUGCAGACAAAGAGGGGCCGGACGUGAGCGUGUGUGGCGUGCUGCAGCAGUGGCAGGUGCUCAACUGUGCCGUGGCCCGGAAGCGGUGGCGCAAGGCACGAGUCAGCAGCGACAUUCAGAAGCACCUGCAGCAGCAGCACCUGCAGCAGCCAGACUGCUUCCCCUUCUUCUCGGAAACAGCUUCUGGGGAUUUCGGGCGGUUCGAACCGACGCUGUGCAAGACGUGUGGGAGUUACAAUCUGUCCGAAGUGCUGCUGGAAAUUCCGCUGGAAUCACCGGUGCGAUCGCCACCAUGUGGAUCGCCGCGAGGCGGAUCCCCCGGGUGUUUUGCCGAGGAGAACGGGCGUGUGCUGAGGCAAGAUUGUGGCAGUGAAACAGGGGGGAUGCGCCUGCUGAUGACAGGGGCGCGCAUGUGUGUGCCGGAGGUGCAGGAUGGGCCGCUGAUCACGAGCAUGUACAUAGCAGAGCUGGAAGAGGCCGUCAUGCACACCGGCAGCCUCAACAUCGCCCACAAGAGGCUCUUCUCCGACAUGCAGGCGUUCAAGGCUGCCAAUCCAGGAUGCAUAUUGGAGGACUUUGUGCGAUGGUACUCGCCUGCUGACUGGUCGAGUGACGCACCUUCCACCAGAAUGGGAGGAGGGGGAGCGGAGGGAGGAGUGGGAGGGGAUGCGGGAGGCACAGGAGGGGAGGGUAACGAUUCUAGUGGCUCGAGUGAUGAGGAGGGAUGUGUGCAAGGAAAGGGAGAGCGCAGCACGAUUGGAUACCUGAGCACACGCAUGUCAGGCCCAGACAACAAGUGGAGGCUGUAUUGGAGCGAAGCCAAGCCCAUGCCAGCCCUCCUGCAGCCGCCUCUCUUCGACGAGUGUGAGGCCGGGUGUCUGUGGGGUGCUCGGCAGCGCUUCAAGUCACUCCUUUUGUGCGGGACAGCAGCAGCAGCAAGGCCCGCGCUUCAAGUGGCUCCCUUUGUGCGAGAGAGCAGCAGCAAGGCCACAUUGGAAGAUGCUGUGAAGUACAUCUUGCAUGCGUGCAGGCGACACAUGACACAGGACAGAAUGCGUUACAUCUGCAUGGUUUACGAGGCAAUGGAGCAAAUCAUCACCGACAAUGAACGCUACAUGCAUGACGGGUACACUGGCCUGUCGUGUAAUGGUGAUGGUGAUGGGGAUGGGGAUGGGGAUGGGGAUGCAGAUGGGGAAACUUUUGAGGCGGCUCAAAGCGAUCCGGAGCUCUUGAAGGAGCAGACGCCCUCUGUGUGGACCUACAUGAAUAAUGGCUAUGCUGGUUUACCGUGCAAUGGGGGACCAGCAGCAGAGGAGCCUGGGGCGCAGACUUUGGACAACGACUGGAGUGUCGAGUUUGAGAGGGGUUGUGAUGAGUCUCGGCUUGGUGGUGGGAGGGAGCGGGGGUGUGGCGAGUUUGUUGCCGGUCGUAAGAAGCAUGGUGGUGUGGGGGGACAGGUGGAGGGUGGAUAUGCUGUGGAGCAUAAGGGGAGUGUGUUUAGGUUUCUGAAUGGAGACAGCUCGGGGCAGUACCAGUGUGUGGAGAAUACUGAGGAGGAGAGGGCUCGAGAACCAUGUGACAACUGGGCCUGCUUUUGA